GGGCAGCCGACUGCUUCCCCUUUUUCGUCUCUGUCCUCCCUCCUCCCUCCUUCCUCUCCUCUCUCUCUCUCUCCAUCGGAGUCAGUGGGGAGCUUGAGAAAAAAGAGGGGAAAAAAAAGCCCUAACCCUAAUUCAUUCAAAUCUCCAUCAAAAUCCUAAUUUGUUCCCAUUUCGGCGAUCUCCAAACCCUAAUUAACCUACAGCCCCUUCAAUUUCCCUUGGCCGAUCUCGAUUCAGUCCCCCCUUCUGCCGAAAUGGGAUCCGCUUAAUCUCAAGGUUCUUCCUUUUAAUCUCGCUGCAUCCGAUCUUUUACCCGUUUCUCAAAACCCUAGUUAUGGCGAUCCGAAUCACCUUCUCCUUUUCCGGCUACGUGGCCCAAACCCUCCCGCCUAUCCGCUAUGGAAACUGCCGCCGAUCCUUGUGCCUCUUCGCGAAUCAGAGAUUGGACGAUGAUCCCAAUGUCACGAAAUCUAGGGCGAGGGAUCGAGAUUGGGACCGAAAUCGAUAUCGAUCCAAGCCUCAGUCGUCAAAGUUCUCGUGUUUUACCGGCGAUCGAACGAGAUCGACGGCGCAAGAGAAGUCGAAGGCUCAGGCUCACGCUCCGGCGACGGUAAAGUACUCGACUUUGGCUCCGAAAGGGUCGAGGCCUGCUAAUAUCACGGUUAGUUUGAUCUCGGCCGUGGUGUCUGGCUCUGGAGCUGGAUCUAACGUUGGGCUUGGAGUUUUUGGAGUCUCGUCUUCGAUUGGUUUAGGAGGGCUUAAGCCCUCUUAUUUCCUGCCGUUUUUGCAGCCCAAUAAGUGGUUUCCUUGUAGUGAGUUUGUUCCUGGGUCUUCAAGAGGUGGGUUCGAAGACAAGGAGGCUGUGGGUGUUGAUAAGAGUGGAGCUAAGGGGAGUAAGAGCUCGAUGGAGGCCUCGGUUGAGGCUGUGACUGUGAAGGAGGGUGUGAAAGAGUUGCAGAGGAAGAAUAGGAAUCUGAGCUCUUGGUUCUCUAGGUGGAUGAAUUCGUGUUCGGAUGAUGCUAAGUUUUGUUUUGCUGCGGUGACUGUUCCUUUGCUGUAUAAGUCACGGCUGGCGGAGCCAAAAUCGAUUCCUUCGAUGUCAAUGUACCCGACUUUGGAUGUGGGAGACCGGAUAUUGGCAGAGAAGGUUUCAUAUUUAUUCAGAGAACCAGAAGUUUUAGACAUAGUUAUCUUCAGUGCUCCUCCAAUCCUCCAGGAAAAUGGGUACAGUUCUAGUGAUGUUUUUAUCAAGAGAGUGGUGGCCAAGGCUGGGGAUUAUGUUGAAGUCCGCAAUGGGAAGCUGUAUGUGAAUGGAGUUGCUCAAGAUGAAGAAUUCAUAUUGGAGCCACUUGCUUAUGAAAUGGAAGGAAAGCUAAUUCCUAAAGGCUAUGUAUUUGUUCUUGGGGAUAAUCGAAAUGACAGCUUUGACUCUCAUAAUUGGGGGCCACUUCCAGUAAACAACAUUCUUGGGAGAUCAGUUCUUCGGUAUUGGCCUCCCUCAAAAAUAUCUGGCACUAUCUAUGAUCCAGAUGCAGACCAUGGUAGCCUCGCUAUUUCUUGACCUUGGAUCCCCAGCUGAGCGUUGGCAUCUUGCUAAUAAGGAUAUCUGGUUGUUACAAUGAUGUUCUAUUCUAAAUGGAGUUUCUACUUGGAGCACCAUUUUAUUCUGAAAAAAGUGUCAAUAUGUGAUCCUUUCUCCUUUUUUGAGAGUUUUUAACAUUGUACUUUUUCGACACAAGGGAUACCGAGAAGAAACUGGAGAACCCAAUAAACUGGGAUUUUUCCGGUGGACUGAUGGCGUUUUAGGGAUCUUCAGCACAUUGAGAUUUUUAUGGUGGCUGAGAUCCUAAAACUUUGGAGAGAGUUUUGGAAUGCCCCUUUUUUUUAUGUCAACUGAAGGAAAAAAUCUUGCUGGAUGGAGUUGGAUCUCUGGGGAACGGGCAUCUGAUGGAGUGACUGCCCUGUUGACUGAGUUAAAUAGUGGUGAUGAAAUUUACAGGAAAUCCUUCUGAACAGUGUCUUCAUAGAUUAUGAAGAAGCUGUGUGUGUGUGGGGGUGGGGGUGGUUGGAGAUUAUUAUUUAAGUGCAGAUCUUUGAAUUGAUUCUUGUUUCAACGUCUUGCUUUAUGAAGUUCAAUGUCAACGCAUGUUUUUACCUUAAGUUUUCUGAAUGUGCACGUUUGACGUUUUCUUUUCAAAGAUUGAAGAAAUUCUUUCUAAAUGUGGGUACAGUUGGACUUGGACUUGAAGCUUUUUUCUUAGUUUGGUUCAUGAAAAACUACUAUUACAGUUA